AUGGAUGGUUAUUUAGACGAAGAGUAUUUCAAUCCCGUAGAGGAUAUGAUUACCUUACCAGUAUUGACUGAAGAGUCAUUACUUUUAAAUUUAAAGUUAAGAUAUCAAAAGAAGCAAAUCUAUACAUAUACUGGUUCAAUUUUGGUAGCUGUCAAUCCAUACGAAAUCCUCCCAAUAUAUACAGCCGAUAUUGUAAAGCAAUAUUUUGCAAAGCCACGUACCGCAAACACUCCACACAUUUUUGCAGUUGCUGAUGCCGCCUAUACCAAUAUGAUGGAAGAGGGUAAAAAUCAAUCUUUAAUUAUUUCUGGUGAAUCUGGUGCUGGUAAAACAGAGUCGACAAAGUUAAUUAUUCAAUAUCUUGCCGCUAGAACUAAUCGUCACAGUCAAGUCGAGCAGAUGAUUGUUGAGUCUUCACCAAUUCUCGAAGCUUUUGGUAAUGCUAAAACAAUAAGAAAUAAUAACUCUUCACGUUUCGGUAAAUUUAUUGAAAUUCAAUUUAAUAAAGAAGGUCAUAUUUCUGGUGCUAGAAUUAUAAAUUAUUUAUUAGAAAAAUCUAGAAUUUCACAUCAAGCUGAUUCAGAAAGAAAUUAUCAUAUUUUUUAUCAAUUAUUAGCUGGUGCAGAUCAAGAAUUAAAAGAAAAAUUAAAAUUAGGUGAACCAGAAGAUUAUCAUUAUUUAAAUCAAAGUGGUUGUAUUAGAAUUGAUAAUAUUAAUGAUGUUGAAGAUUUUGAACAUGUUAAAUAUGCUAUGAAUGUUUUAGGUCUUCCAGAGGAUAAACAAACUACAAUUUUUUCAAUCAUCUCUGCAGUUUUACAUCUUGGUAAUAUCCAAUUUGAAAAGAGUGAAAAAACUCAAGGUGCUGAAGGUUCAGAAGUUUCAAAUAAAGAUUCAUUAAAAAUUGUUGCACAAUUAUUAAAUGUCGACCCAGCUAAAUUAGAAUCAUGUUUAACAAUUCGUCAUGUUUUAAUUCGUGGCCAAAAUUUUGUUAUUCCAUUAAAAGUUAAUGAAGCAGAAGAUACAAGAGAUGCCUUAUCUAAAGCAUUAUAUGGUAAUGUUUUCAAUUGGCUUGUUACUUUUAUUAAUUCAAGAAUUCAUAAACCUCAAAAAAAUUCAACUUUUAUUGGUGUACUUGAUAUCUUUGGUUUUGAAAAUUUUAAAAAGAAUAGUUUUGAACAAUUUUGUAUCAAUUUUGCAAAUGAAAAAUUACAACAACAUUUUAAUCAACAUAUUUUCAAAUUAGAACAAGAAGAGUAUGAAAAAGAAAAAAUCAAUUGGUCAAAGAUUGUAUAUAACGAUAAUCAAGAAUGUUUAGAUUUAAUUGAAAAGAGACCAUUAGGUAUUCUUUCAUUAUUAGAUGAAGAGUCUAGAUUCCCACAAGCCACCGAUCUUACAUAUCUUGAAAAGUUACAUGUUAAUCACGAAAAACAUCCAUAUUACGAAAAACCAAGACGUUCAAAGACUACUUUUGUUGUUAAACAUUAUGCUGGUGAAGUUGCUUAUGACACUUCUGGUUUCCUUGAUAAAAAUAAAGAUACUGUAUCUGAUGAUCUCCUCGGUCUUCUUCAAGGAUGUAAAAAUAAAUUUAUUGUCGAUUUAUUCACCCCACCAAAAGAAUCAGGUGAUGAUGAUGACAAGCAAAGAGGUACCAAGAAAACAACCGCUGGUAUGCAAUUUAAAACUCAACUUCAAUCAUUAAUUAAUAUUCUUUCUGCCACUCAACCACAUUAUGUUCGUUGUAUUAAACCAAAUUCAACUAAAGAACCAUCAGCUUUCGAUCACGAAUUAAUUCAAGCACAACUUCGUUACGCUGGUAUGAUGGAAACUAUUAGAAUUAGAAAAUUAGGUUAUCCAAUCCGUCAUGGUCAUAAAGAAUUUAGAGAUAGAUACCUCAUUCUCGAUUAUCGUGCUCGUUCAGCUGACCACAGACAAACUUGUGCUGGUUUAAUCAAUUUGUUAAAUUCUGCUCCAGGUAUCGACAAAGAAGAAUGGCAACUUGGUCAUACUAAAGUUUUUAUUAGAGAUAAACAAUACCAUCAAUUGGAAGAAAUGAGAAAACAAAAACUUUUAAGUAGAGUAGUUUUAAUUCAAUCAGUUUGGAGAAUGUAUCGUCAUAAGAAACGUUAUCAAGUUUUAAGAAAUAGUGCUAAACUAGUUGAAACAGCCAUGAGAUCACAUGUCGCCAGAAGAGAGUUCUUUGAACAACGUGAAGCAGUACAAAAGAUUAAAGGUUUCUUCAAGAUGGUCGAAGCACAAAAACGUUUCAAAUUCCUCAAAGAAAAUAUUGCAGUCAUCCAAAAUCAUUGUCGUUCAUUUGUUCAAAGAAAAGAAACUAGAAAUGCUGUUGUAUUGAAAAGAGAUAGAAAUAAGAGAAUGGAAGAAAUUCAAAGAGAAAAAGACGAGGAAGAAAGAAAGAGAAAAGAAAAAGAAGAAAGAGAAAGACAAGAAAAAGAAGAUCAAGAAAAAGCUGUUGAAGACAAAAAGAAAUUCCAAGAGGAACAAAAAAGAAAAGAAGAAGAGCUCAGAUCAAAAAGAGAAGAGGAAGAGCAAAAGAAACUCGAAGAAAAGAAAAAUCAACUCAAAGAGCUCAACCAAAUGGACGAAUUAUCUUCAAUCGAAAGAAUGCUCAAAGAACAACAAGAUAAGAAUAUUAAUGAACUUGACAACUUUGUAAAUUCAUUAGAGGCUUUCUCAUUCGAAGGCGGUGUCGAUGAUUCACAACCAUACUCUUAUAAUCACAAAAUGUAUGAGAUGUCACCAGAUGCUCUUGAUAAGAUUAGUAUUACUGAUUUACUCCAAGGUUUAAAACAAACUGUCAGAAGUGUUACCAAAUUCGAAGUUGAUGAUAGUAAAUUCGAUUUACCACCAGGCAUUGAAAAUGUAUUAAAAAGAAUUCCACCACCACAAUCCACCAACAAAAAACCAAUUCAAUUUACUCCAGAAGAAUCAACCGUUGAAAACAAUGAACCAGUCGAUGACUCCUCAGCUAAUAUUACACCAGAAAGUGUUGAAAGUCCAAUUCCAUCACAAUCAUUCACCGGUUUGCCACCACCACCAUCAUUCGAUCUCGGUGAUUUACCACCACCACCAACAUCUUCCUCAUUUAACGAUAUUGGAGAAUUACCACCACCACCAUCAUUCGAUUUUGAUAUGAUUGAUCCAGUACUUGGUCUUCCACCACCACCACCAGCUGCUUCAUCAAGUGAAGGUACUAGUGGCACCUCUUCACCAGGUGCUUCAUCAACCACUGGUGCAUCAUCAGCAUCACCACAAAUUACCAAUCCACUUACCCAAGAGUUGCCAGAAUUACUUCAAGAUGAAGAAAUUUCAUUAUAUUCAUUCUAUGAAUAUGCCAACAAGAAUUUCAACUCUGAAAAAUUAAAACAAAAAGAAGACAUUUUCUCAUAUCAAAAAUCACAUAUUAAAUCAAGUUUAUUGGUCCAUGCUGAUUCUGAGCAAACCAAAUUAUCAGUUGAAAUUUUCUCCAAAGUCCUUCAUUAUAUGACCAGUAAUCCAUUACUUUCAAAGAAAGAUCCAAGUGAUUUCUAUUCACCAGUUAAAUUUAUUUUAACAAAAGGUCUUUCAACAGAAACUCUUCGUGAUGAAAUUUAUUGUCAAUUAAUCAAACAAUCAACAUCAAAUCCAAUUCAAGAUUUAAAUAUUCGUGUUUGGGAGCUUAUCCAUUUCUGUUGUGCCACUUUCCCACCAACCAGAAAACUCAUGAAGUAUUUUGUUUCAUACUUAAAGUCCACCAUUAAACAAGCUGAUGUUGCUAAAUCAAUUAAAGAUUCCGCUCAAUCAUCCUAUAGAGUAUUACAAAGAUUCAAUUUAAAUGGUAAUCGUAAACAAGUUCCAUCCGUUUCUGAAUUAGAAUCAAUUAAAGAGUGUCGUCCAAUCUUUGUUCGUAUUAUUGCUACUGAUGGUAGUUUGAAAGGUCUUCAUAUCGAUUCUGCAACCACUUGCAGCGAAGCUUCAAACGAUCUCUCACAACGUACUCGUUUACGUCCAAAUUCAAAAGAUAAUGGUUUCUCAAUUUUAGAAUCAUUCAAUGGUAUCGAAAGAGAUAUUGCUCCAUCCGAUAAGAUUUGUGAUGUUCUUUCCAAAGUUGAAAAUCUUCAAGCUACUCUUAGCAGCAAGAUUCAAAUUAACUUUAAACUUGUAUUCAAAAAGAGAUUAUUCUUUGAAGAAAUUUCUAGUGUUCCUGCUCUCGAAAGUGAAUUUUAUGUUCAUCAAUUAUAUAAUGAUCUCUUUAAUCCAAAUUUCUGCAAAGAUCAAGAUUUACAAAUCACUAUUGGUAGUUUAAGACUUCAAGCCGAAUCAUUUGAUUACACCGAUGACAUUAAAAAUUGGUUACCAGGAAAUGGUCGUGGUAAAUACUUUACCACUGAAAUCGAAAAGACAAGAUUUGAUGACUUUAUUGCUAAAUACAAAACACAUAAAGGUAAAUCUCAAGAUGCUGCCAAGAAAGAAAUGAGCGAUCUCUUAUUCAAGCAUCCAUUAGCCAAUCAAUCAUUAUUAGCAUGCGAACACCAAUUAGAAGCAUCACCAUAUCCAAAGCAAUUUGUUUUAGCUUUAAAUACUCAUGGUAUUAAUAUCUUUGACCCAGCCACAGGCAAAGCUAUUGAAAGUGUUAAAUAUUCAACUCAAUCUCAAAACAUCAAGAGUACCGAAAAAUCAUUCACCAUUGCUCUUGAAAAUAAACAACAACUCGAAAUUUUCACUGUCGAUGUCUCUAAAGGUCUUUCAUUAAUCAAAGAGUAUUCAUUAUUCCUUAAAAAUAACGCUAAAUAUGCUAGAGCUCUUAGAGAUUAUAAUGUUUCAGAUUCAACUCUUUUGGCUUUCAAGAGAAAUGAUAUCAUCACAAUUACAUUUAAAGAUCAAGAAAAUAAAUGGUAUAUUGGUUCAUUAAAUGGAAAAGAAGGUUCAUUCCCAGUCGAUCAUGUUGAAAUCCUUUUAACUGAUUCACCACCACCAACACCAACUUUAACUAUUGAAAAAACUCCAAUUAGUGGUCAAUCUUCAUCAUCAUCAACUCCAUCAUCAGCUACUCCACCAAUGAUGUCAAGUCCAAUGAUGCCACCACCACCAGCAUUAAAUAUUGAAAACUUACCAUCACUCAAUGGCUCUGGUUCAAAUAUUCCACCACCACCAGCUUUAUCAUCCUCACCAACUAUGGGUAUGCCACCACCACCACCUUUAUCAUCUUCACCAACUAUGGGUAUGCCACCACCACCACCAAUGUUAUCAACACCACCAUCAAUGCCAAAUACUCCACCAAUUUCUAGAGCUUCAAUUAGAAUGUCAGUAAAUCCACUCAGUAACUCAUCAGAUGACCAAGAUGACCCAUCUAAGAGAUUAACUACAACCCCAGCUCUUGGUAGCGAUUCACCAUUACUCCAAUGGGCAUCAACUCGUUUCCGUUCUUUCAAGAGAGCUGCUACAUUAAAUGCCACUGCUACUCUUAAGAGAAAGGCUCCAAUUGAUCCAAAUGUAGCUUUAUACUUUAACAAAGAUACUAUUAAAGAAUCACUUAUUGAAAGUUUAGAUGUUAAACAAUCCAAGAAAUCAGUUAAAAACUUUUCAGAGAUUAUGAUGUGGAUGGGUGAUUAUCCAAUUCCAAAGGGUCAAACUGCUAGUUCAGUAAUUCAAAGCAUUGUUGCACGUGGUCUUGAAAAUCACGAACUUCGUGAUGAAAUCUAUUGCCAAGCCUAUCGUCAAACUAAUCGUAAUCCAAAAAUAGAAUCAACAAAGAAAGGUUUUGAAUUAAUUUAUUUCCUUGCAAUUUCUUUUUCACCAUCAGAUUCAUUAAUGCAACCAUUCAUGGAACAAUUAAUGUCAAGAAAUCUUGCUAUUCAAUCAGCUCAACCACAAUUAGCCUCUAUUAUUGCUGCUUGUAUUGAAAAAUUAGAGUCACAUCCAAUUGCCUCAUAUCAACAACGUAAGAAAGGUCCAAGUGCCUCUGAAAUUCAAUCAUUCCGUGGUUCAAUCGAUAGUGGUGAUAUUAGUACAUGCAAGAUUCGUUUUGUUGAUCAAUCAACUAAAUUGGCUAAAAUCUCUACCUACACUACCAUUAGAGAAGUCACCGAAACUGUUUGCAAACAAUAUGGUAUUUCACAACAAUCAAUUAAAAUGUUUGGUCUUUGUGGUGUAAAUGAAACUGCUGGUAUCUCCAAAGUACUUUCAGAGUCUGAUAUGGUAUAUGAUGUUUUAACACGUUGGGAACAAAGUGAAGAAAAGGGUGAAUUCUAUUUCCAAGUUCGUCGUAGAUUCUUCUUGGAUGAUGUCAAUAAGAUCCUUGAACAAGAACACCUCUGGACUGAUGAUGAUAUCUCUUUCGAGCUUACCUUUGUUCAAAUUCGUGAUGAAUGGAUGAGAGGUCUUCAUUCAACAUUAAAUGAAAAAGAUUCAGCCGUAGCAGCUGCAAUUCUUAUUCAAUUAUUAUAUCCAAAUCAAUCCAAGCUCAUCUUCACCAAAGAAAUUAUUCGUCAAGCUUUACCAGAUAAUAUAAUUGCACAACAAAAUAUUAAAUUCUGGAUUUCAACAGUCGAAUCUCAAAUCUUUGAAUUGGUAUCACAAACUCCAGAAUACCUUAAACUCAUGUUUAUUCAUUUAGUAGGUACUAAAUCCAGCAUUUUUGGUUGCACAUUAUUCUCUAUUCAACAAAAAGAAAAUCCACCAAAGGCUUGGUUGGCUAUUAACAAAAAGGGUAUUUCAAUCUUUGAUCCACAUACCAAAGAAUCUAAACAUUUCUGGACUUUCCAAUCAAUUUCUAAUGUAGCUUUUACCGAUGAUACUUUUGUUAUUAUGACUGGUAAUCUUAUGAAACCAAUUAAACAAACUUUUACUACCGAUGAACAUUCUUCAAUUGCCUCAGUUUAUCAAUUUUAUUCUUCAACUUAAAUAAUCAAUAAUCAUUUAUAAUAAUUAUCUAAAACGAAAUAAUUUAUUAAAUUUAAAUUUAAAUAAAAACAAAAUAAUGUAUAUUUAUUAAC